CAGGAAUGGUUAAUAGGAAGACAGGCAGCAGGUGGAGAGGCAUGCAGACUGAUGAGCAGCAGCGUAGGAGCCAGUGUGUGCAAGCUGAGCUGUGGAGAAAUAAGCAACGCUUGCCGUAACUAAUUUGUCCCUGCAGCGGGCGAAACAGUUGUAAUUGCAGGAUACAGAAAGCUUUAACAAAGCCUGACAGAGCUUAUAGGCAUGGUUUCUCCGUCCGCCUCUGUCGUUGAACGGGACGCCGGCGAAUAACGCUUAUUGCUGGAUAAAUGACUUGAGAAACUCUCGUCGAAGUCAGCGGACAGAGAAAGCGGUUUUAUGGGAAAUGAAUGUGCCCGGGAAACAGCAACCUGAGCUGACCGAGCGACCCGCCAGCCUUUUGGUUCCAACUUCGACCAAAUCUGGAAUUGCUUUGCUGUACAAUGAGGAGACCAAUAAUACCUAUGAUGUCUGCCUGAAACUGACCAAAGAGGUAUUAACCAUACAGAAGCUGGAUGUGGUUUGCACAGGAGGAAGUGAAUCCCAAGUAAAUCACAGAACUGUUGUACUCAGAAGACAGGCGACUGGCGGUCUGGGCUUAAGCAUCAAAGGAGGUGCAGAGCACAAUGUGCCUGUGGUUAUUUCAAAGAUUUUUAAAGAUCAAGUAGCCGAUCAGACGGGGAAGCUAUUCGUCGGGGAUGCUGUGUUGCAGGUCAAUGGCAUAAAUGUAGAGCAUUGUACUCAUGAGGAAGUUGUUCACCUCUUGCGUACCGCAGGAGAUGAGGUCACCAUCAGUGUUCGCUACCUGCGAGAAGUUCCAUCAUUUCUAAAACUGCCUCUAGGUUCUCCUGGGCCGUCCACUGAUCACAGUCGAGUAUCCUCUCCACUCUUUGACAGUGGCUUACAUUUAAAUGGAAACAACACGGCUCCAUCUCCCCCUUCGCCCUCAGCUAAUGAACCAAAGUAUGAGAAACGCUGGCUGGAUGCUGUCUCCCUGCCCUUGUUGAUGGCCAGAGUCUCCAGAUACAAAGCUGGCACAGAUAAAUUAAGGUCCAACUGUUUUGAAGUCUUCGCCUUGGAUGGAGCCAGCACCAAUAUUCUUCAAUUUUGCACUGCAGCAGAAAGCACAGACUGGCUCCAAGCAAUAUCUACAAAUAUCAAUGACUUGACACUGGAGAAUAUCAAGAUAGUCAACAAGUACUGCUCUUCAGAUGAUCAGAUUGUUCACAUGGGCUGGGCAAGUGAAAGCACUGAGGGCAGCGCUGCUGGUCGAACUUCAGCAUUCAAGUUCCUGGCACUGAGAGGACCAUAUUUUUAUAUCUUCAGAAGUCCCCCGAUCAAUGCCGCUGACUGGGGACAAGCUGAAACAACAUAUAACCUCUAUGAGGUUCUUUUCAAGGUUCACAAGCUGUGGAUGGCAGAGGACUGCUGGCUCCAGGCGAGGCUCUACUUAGGGCUGGAGCAUUCACCUGAGCAGCAGGACAAUGACUCGUUGUGCUUCAGUAUUCUGGUCGGCCAUGGCCAGAGCCACACCUUCAGGGUAGAGCUGGCCACUGACCUGGCUAUCUGGGAGAAGUCCUUCCAAAGAGCUGUCUUCUUGGAAGUGCAACGAAUACGAUCUAAAAGCUACAUGUGCAGCAGCCAGGGGAAUGUACUGUGCUUCACCAUAGAUUUUGGAUCGGGCUUCACUUGCUCAGAAGGCACUUCAAAGACGGUACUGUGGCGAUAUAAGUUCUCUCAACUUAAAGGCUCCUCUGAUGAUGGGAAAACCAGGGUAAAACUCCUUUUCAAGAAUGCUGAAAGCAAACAAAUAGAAAUGAAGGAGCUAGAGUUUGCUAAUCUAACAGCUGUCCUCCACUGUAUACAUUCUUUUAUCGCUGCCAAAGUGGCCUCCAUGGACCCUCUCUUUAUGUGCAGUCAAAGCUUCCCUGGAAAUUACAUGAACAGUUAAGAAGACACGUCUUCGUCAUGUGCACCUGAGGCAAAAUCAGCAGUAUUUUAUGCACAAAGCCAAUUGAUAUGUAUAUCUUGUUCUUGCUAUUUUUGUAUGAACUACUGAAAAAGAAAUAUUUGUUAAAGACUGUAGAAGUAGAAAAAUGUAUGAAUAAACAUUUGAAGGAAAAUGUUAUUUAAUUUUUGACAAGUAGAAAAUGUUUUAGGUUUGCAAACAAAAUCUGAACAGAUUUAAAGUUCUAACAUUUCUUUAAUAUUUUUUCCCUCAUUUCAUUAUGGACACGGAUUCUGAUAAGAGGUGUCUUGUCUACUCUGUCACUUUGAAAGGCAGCACCUGUGCUGCCACAUUGUGUGUAACUGCCAUACAACUGACAACACGACGCGAAUCACCAAAUAUAGCAACUGCCACUGUUUUUAGAAAAAAGUGAAGAAUUUUGAUGCUGUAUCUACAUCUAGUAAGUACAUUUUAAAUGACAAAAUGAAUCUGAUGCUGGCUUUCUGUCAUGGGGAGAAUUCAAAUUUUCCACACCUUUGGCAGGGAUUCUCUUUCCUUUAAAUUCACAGUUGAGGAGUCCCAUUUUCUCUGUUUUACUCAGUUUUCUUUUGUCAUGUCUAUAAACAGGGAGAAGAAAUAAACACCUUACAAUGUAAUACAGUCUAAUAAGCCUCCAAAUAACCACUGAAUUGGGUCGACACCUCUCUGACAUGUUCUCAACUAGAAUUAAUCAUAAGAAGCUUCACAAAGAAGUAUCGACUGCAGGACUGCUUUAUUAGCUUGGAUUAAAUUGUAAGUUGUGUGUGGUGUUGUGUCUGUCGUUUGUAUCUAAUAAAGACAAAAUGCCAGAGUUUCGAAUCUCUAAUGAGGACAUUUCACUGAAAUGUGACAUUUCAGCUUCCAAGUAUUGUCAAAGACCCAUUUUUAUCACAUCCCAAUCUAUUACAUUGAGAAAUACUGUAUGUCUUCAGUUGUAAUGAUUUUAAUGUGAUCAAUAAAUUGUUCAUAAGCACAACUGGUUAUCAUGA